AUGAAUUUCAGUAGGGCAGGGGUCGCUAUCAACAACCCGUCCGACAUCGUUGUCAUCCUGGGAUACUUCCUCACGGUCAUUGGCGUGGGGAUCUGGUCCAUGUUCAGGACGAAACGUGGAACGGUGGGCGGUUACUUCUUAGCAGGUCGGACCAUGGUGUGGUGGCCGGUGGGUGCCUCCCUUUUUGCCAGCAAUAUUGGCAGUGGCCAUUUUAUCGGCCUGGCUGGGACAGCGGCGGUCAGUGGGAUCGCGGUCGGGGGAUUCGAGUGGAAUGCCUUGUUCAUUGUGCUGCUGCUGGGGUGGCUUUUCGUUCCUGUCUACCUCACAGCUGGGGUGAUCACUAUGCCUCAGUACCUAAAGAAGCGGUUUGGAGGAGGAAGGAUCAGUCUCUACCUGUCCUUUAUUUCUCUCUUCCUCUACAUCUUCACCAAAAUCUCGGUUGAUAUGUUCUCAGGAGCAGUAUUCAUCCAGCAGGCUUUGGGAUGGAACAUCUACGUGGCUGUAAUUGCCCUGCUGCUCAUCACAGCCCUGUACACAGUCACAGGAGGCCUGGCCGCACUAAUGUACACAGACACCGUCCAGACCUUCGUCAUGAUUGCCGGAGCCUUUGUUCUCGCAGGAUUUUCUUUCGCGGAGGUGGGGGGAUACAGCGCCCUGCUGGAGAAGUACAAGCUGGCCGUCCCCUCCGACACAGAGUCCGCGGAUCCCCGGAGGUACAACAUCUCGCCGGCGUGCUACGAACCGCGCGAAGACGCCUUCAACCUGCUGCGUGACCCCAUCGCCGGGGACCUGCCCUGGCCGGGGGUCAUCUUUGGCAUUGCCAUUGGGGGCUGCUGGUACUGGUGCUCUGACCAGGUCAUCGUACAGCGCUGUCUGGCUGGCCGCAGCCUGACCCACGUGAAAGCGGGUUGCAUCGUGUGCGGGUACCUCAAACUUCUGCCCAUGUUCCUCAUGGUGUUCCCCGGAAUGAUCAGCAGGGUGCUCUUCCCCGACGAGGUGGGCUGCGUAGUUCCGGAGGUGUGUAAAGAGGUCUGCGGGACCGAGGUGGGCUGCUCCAACAUCGCCUAUCCGAAACUAGUCGUAGCUCUGAUGCCUGCAGGCCUAAGGGGUCUCAUGCUGGCUGUGAUGCUGGCUGCCCUGAUGAGCUCUCUGGCUUCCAUCUUCAACAGCAGCAGCACCCUCUUCACCGUGGACAUUUGGACCCGCUUGAGACCACAGGCCCGCGACCGAGAACUUGUGAUCGUGGGGAGAGUAUGGGUGCUCUGCAUUGUGUCCAUCAGCAUCUGCUGGAUCCCUGUGGUGCAGGCGGCCCAGAGCGGUCAACUGUUUGACUACAUCCAGUCAGUGAGCAGUUACCUGGCUCCGCCCAUCGCCGCGGUGUUCCUCCUCGCUGUGUUUGUGAAGAGAGUCAACGAACAGGGAGCUUUCUGGGGUCUCAUCGGGGGUCUAAGCAUGGGUCUGUGUCGGAUGGUGCCAGAGUUUGCCUUCGGGUCCGGGAGCUGCCUGUUCCCCUCGAGCUGCCCCUCACUAAUCUGCGGUGUCCACUACCUCUACUUUGCUGUGCUGCUGUUCCUGUUCACUGUUGUCCUGGUGCUCGUCGUGAGCUACUGCACCCCACCUAUACCUGAGAGACACCUUCACCGACUGGUGUUCAGUCUGCGCCACUCAAAGGAAGCAAGGGACGACUUGGACAAGGAGGAGGCGGAGCGUGGGCGGAUAGCACGCAGGGAAGCGCUGGAGAAGAGCAGGGACAAUGCUGGAGGGGAGGACGACGGUAGCAGGACCACCUCAACCAUUGGGCGGCUGAUAAGCUGGUUCUGUGGAGUGAGCUCCUCAGAGGCUUCAGAGUCCACUGAACAAGAAGGGGAAGAGACCAACCAGCUGCCUGACAUCACUGAGGACCCCUUCUGGAAACAUGUCGUCAACAGCAAUGCCCUCAUCAUGACGGCUGUGGCGGUCUUCAUGUGGGCAUAUCAUGCUUAAGAGAGAGAUGCAAAAAAACUUCAUUGCUUGGUCUUACACGUCAACAAAACUAUGAUUUUACAAAGUCAGGGCUCAACAU